GAGCAGACAAUCAGCCAAUCAUUGCAGUUGUUUUACUCACAUGACUUCCCUGCUAUGACGCACAUUUUGUGCGACGUCCACCGGCUGUCCAUGUGAAUGUAGCCUUAUUCAACUUGCGAGAUGAUAUUGAAAGAAUUGUGAGCUGACAGUGGAUUGCUAGUGUCUGAUUAGUCGCAUUGACUAGUCGCACUGAUGACGAUGAGGAUGCUGUACCGCUUGGCCCGGGUGUUGCCCCGCUCCUCCAGAGCUUCAUCAGUUGCCUCCGCCCUCGUUCAGGCCACUACCACCCAGCCGGCAGAGCUGCUUUGCCCCCAGGCCCGAACCAGGACGCUGGUGGCAACAAGAAGCCUGUGUGACAGACACAGCGUUGCCAGAGAGGAAGACAGCCAGUUUACGUUCAAGCGCACCCAGUUCGACGAGCAGGUCAGCAGGGCCAAAUCACCAGAGCAAGUGCUGCGGCUGUGGGAGGCUCGCAGAGGCUCUGCCAACCAGGCCGCAAUGUGCCUGGUCCAAAUGGGCCGGCUGGCUCUGGAGAAGAGAGCUGGAGAGAGGAGGCGGCUGUUGAAUGACCCCAGCUGUGUUGCGCUCCUGAAUACAAUUAGCAAUCAGGUCCCAACCGUGUGGAACGGAACGCUGGUGAGCGCGCUCCGUGCCGCCUCCCAGCUGGACAUGCCCCCCGGCGACGCUGUGCUGCACUCGCUCCAGACGGAGGCGCUGUGGCGCGUGCGGCGCCUCUCCUACAAGCAGCUGGCCUUCCUGAUGGACUGGGUGGUGGCCGAGGAGGCGCGGCUGGCUCGGCUGGGCCCGGGCCCGGGCCAGGCCAAGGGGGAGGCCACGGCGCUGGCCAACGAGCUGACCAAGCAGCUGGAGCUGCGCUGGACGGAGCUGAGCGAGCCCCGGACGGUCCGCCUGCUGAUGGGCUGCGCCGCCCACCUGCCGCCGACGCUUAUCGAGAAGCUGGAGGAUAAGGCCCUGGAGCUGGCGGAGAACUUUGUGGCCGAGGACAUCCGCAGGGUGGCACAGGCGAUGGCCUCUCAGAACCGCCGGACGGUGCCCUUGCUCAGGGCACUCUCCUACCACUUCCUGCAGAGACCCUCCAAGGAGCUCAGCACCCCUCUGCUGCUGGACAUCGCUUACGCUUACGGUAAACUCAACUUUCACCAGACUCAGGUAUUCCAACGUGUUGCGUCCGAGCUGUUGCCCAGGACACCUGACCUGAGCGCAACCGAUGUGAUGCGCUGCGCCAAGUCCUUUGCCUUCCUGAGGUGGCUCCACCUGCCGGUUUUUGAAGCCUUCUCAGAGCACUACGUGGCCAACAGUAAGAAGUACAGCACACUGCAGCUAUGUAACCUACUCAUGACUCUAGCUAAGCUCAACUUCCAGCCAAGCAAAGGAGAGGCCUUCUUCACCAAGGUGCACUCUGCUUUGAAGGACACACUGCCCCAACUGGAGCCCUUCCUGCAGGUGGACGUCGUGUGGUCCCUGUGUGUGAUGCAGCAGGCCAAACCAGAGUACAUCAGCGCCCUAACACAGCCCAGCUUUCAGGAGAAACUAUCAGGCGGUAGUCCGGCCCGUGUGGAGAGCUACCGCGUGAAGCUGCUGCACAUCGUGAUGGAGGGGAGCCUGGGUGGAUUAGGUUCCUCUGUCCCCACACCGUCCCCCGAGCCUGCUGCUGCCCACGCGUCACAGCCGUCCGAGCUCCAGACGGCCCUCCACGCCGCUCUCACCAGCCUGACCGAGUCCAAGCCCAACACCCUGCGCACCUCCGUCGCCACCUGCUACGGCUGGACGCUAGACGGUGAGCUGAUUUUAGAUUCUGAGAAUAAGCCGAUCGAGCUGGACGCUCUCAUUGCCCCGCACUUACCUGGAGGAGGCGGGGAUAAGCCCUUACCUGACGGAGCACGAAGGAUGGGGUUCGUGACGUGGGAGUUCCAUAACUUCAUUCUGAGAAGCAAAGAACUCCUUGGGCGCUUUGCCAUGCAGAAACGACACCUCCAGCUAGCGGGUUUCCUUCUUGUUGAGGUGCCAUACUAUGAAUGGCUGGAGUUGAAAACUGACUGGCAGAGGGUGGCCUACCUGAAAGACAAGAUGGGCAAGGCCGUGGCUGAAGAGAUGGCCAAGUGAGUGGACCUGGCCGCAGAGCCUGCUUCGUCUGACCAGGGAUCAAACCCAAGGUCUUCAGCAAGUAGGAGUGACCCUGAACACUGCCACCAAAGGCACCCAUCUACAGAAGGGCCCCACAAGACCCCUCAGUUUGUUCCAUCAGAAACCAUUCUUUUUAAAAAAAAAAAAAAACAGCCAAACAGAAUGUCCAAAUGCUACAGCACUGAAGCAACAGCUGGACUUUUUUUUGCGUGUUACAUCAUUAUUGUACCCAUUAAACCAAACCACCAUAUCUGUGAGACCAUUCCAGUCAUAAGCCUGAUCAGAGCCAAAUAUCUCUGAAAUUGUCAACAAAUCAUUUGACACUCCAAGCAGGUUUAUCAAAGCUCUGUUUCAACAGCCUUUAUUCAUUUCAGAGACAUUUCUAGAAGUAUUCAGAUGCACACAUACCUCCUUAUAUAUUUUUUAAUCUGGUUGCCUUGACAACACUUCUGGGGCUUUCCCUGUUACCAAGGAGACUGCUGUGAAGCUUUUGAUGAGAAUGAAGAUGCUCAAGGAUGUUGGGAUACCCAAAGACAGAGAGAGGCUGAGCUUAAAAAAAAAAAAAAAAACAGAAGAAGACAGGGGAGAGGAGAAAGUCGGACACUUCUGGCUUUUUGGUCUCUGUAAAUAUAAUGAAGUCGGAAACAUGACUUUUAGACUGCACACCCAAUAGCACUGUUGAUGCAGAACAAGAAUGGCUUUGGCUUACACAACAGCUAUUAUGGUUACACAGGUAGCAGUUGUGCCUGGUCAUCGUGUCGAUAUGUCCAUCUGUUUUAUUUGAAUAUGGGUUUAAUAGCAUUGGUGGCCUGCAGCACCUGCUCAUAUUGGGAUGCAUUCUGUGGCACUUGGUAUUUAAAAGAAUGUUCAUGUUUUACUUGCUGAAAAUUAAAUGGAAAUUAGCGUAAAUAAAAUAUUUAACAUUA